AUGUUUGAGUCUAUUAAAAAUUAUAUAAAAAACUUCAAAGAAGAAGGAAAUGUUUACGUAAGAAAGAGCGUUUCCAUUAUUGGCUCUCCACUAUCAGCUGGGCAGUCUUUGGGAGGGGUUAAUUUAGCUUGUGAUGAUUUGAGGAAAUUGGGUUUACACAAGAUCAUCCAGGUUUUAGGGUGGAAUUAUGAAGAUCUAGGAAAUGUAGAGGAAACUAGUGAAAUAAAUGAAAAAAGAAAAAAAAAACAUUCAAGUAUAGAAAUUGAAGAGAAUAAUAGUAACAGCAACUGUAAUAGUAAAAGUAAAGGUAAUAAUAACAGUAACACUAAUGGGAUAGCUGGAGCCAAUGGAUAUAUGGACCAUGAAAAUUGUAACGGUAAAGAAAAUAAUAAAUUAGAAAACCACAGUUCAGAUGACAUUUAUAAGAAGGUUAAUGGAGGAGGCGAGUGUUUAACACAAAAGCAGGAAGAGAAAAAUUAUUAUAAUAAUAUAAAAAAUAUUGAAAUAAUUGGAAAGUUUAGUGAGAAAUUAUAUCGUGUUAUGAGUAAUGAAAUAAAAAAAAAAAAUUUUGUGUUAAAUAUUGGAGGUGAUCAUAGUGUUGCCUUUUCUAGUAUUUUAAGCUCAUUACAAUUUUAUAAAGACUUAAAAGUUAUAUGGGUAGAUGCUCAUGGUGACAUUAACAUUCCAGAAACAACUCCAUCAGGAAAUUAUCAUGGUAUGAUACUAGCUCAUACAGUAGGUCUUUUUAAAAAAAAAGUACCAUAUUUUGAAUGGUCCGAAAAUUUAACUUAUUUAAAACCAGAAAAUGUUGCUAUUAUAGGAAUAAGAGAUAUUGAUAUAUAUGAAAAAAUUAUUUUAAAAAAAUGUAAUAUUAAUUACUAUACUAUUAUGGAUAUUGAAAAAUAUGGAAUAUAUAAUACUAUAUGUACUGCUCUUAACAAAAUAGAUCCAUAUGAAAACUCCCCUAUACAUAUAUCUCUAGACAUAGACAGUGUUGAUAGUGCUUUUGCUCCAGGAACAGGUACAAUAGCAAAGGGGGGGUUAAAUUAUAGAGAAAUAAAUUUAUUAAUGAAGGUUUUAGCAGAUACAAAACGUGUUGUUUCAAUGGACUUGGUGGAAUAUAACCCUUCCCUAGAUGAAGAAGACAAACAAGUACAUGGUGACUCGUUACCUAUUUCUGAAAAUGCGACAAAAACGGGAAAACUUUGCCUUGAACUUAUUGCCAGAGUUUUGGGCAAUAAUAUAGUAUAA